AGAUGGUUCGGCGGCUCUCAGGGCUCCAGCAGGCUCUCCAGGGCGCUGGGCAGAACUGGAAACAGGCUGUCUCCUCUCCCAAGCCUUCCCAGCCCUGCCCCCUCCGGCCCUCUGCUCGCUCCCAUGAGGCUCCCCUGCCCCAGCUCUGGCCUGACUUCUGCCCGUGAGGCCCCUGUGCACACACUGGGGCCAGCUGGAAGUCCACUCUGGCCAGCGGUCACCCAUGUUGACUUGGCACUUCUAUUUUUUUUCCCUUAAACUUGCAUUUAUUUAUUUAUUUUGAGACGCACAGAGAUUGCACUCGGCAUUUCUGACCGUCUUCCCUGUGCCCUCUCCCUGCCCAGACUGGGGAGGUCAGGAAAGAGCGCUCUACCCUAGAGACCCCUUAAGGCACCAGGAAGGCUGGAGGGGGCCCCGAGUGGCACCGUGGGGCCCGCCAGGAUGCCCGUCGUGGUAGAGGACAUCAUGAAGCUGCUAUGCACCCUCUCCGAGGACAGGAAGAUGAAGGCGGCCGUCAAGCACUCGGGCAGGGGUGCCCUGGUCACGGGCACCGUGGCCUUCGUCGGUGGCUUGGUGGGCGGCCCGCCGGGACUAGCCGUGGGGGGUGCCGUUGGGGGCCUGCUGGGCGCCUGGAUGACGAGUGGACAGUUUAAGCCGAUCCCGCAGAUCCUGCUGGAGCUGCCCCUAGCUGAGCAGCAGAAGCUGUUUAACGAGGCCAGCGCCAUCCUCCGGCACCUGGACUGGGCCGACGCCGUGCAGCUGACCGCGCUGGUCAUGGGCAGUGAGGCCCUGCAGCAGAAGCUGCUGGCGAUGCUCGUGGGCUACAUCACCAAGGAGCUGCGGGCGGAGAUUCGGUACGAGGACUAGGCCGCCCCUGCCGGCGACUCCGGCUGUGCCUUGAGAUAACCCUGCGGCUUGCGGGGGUGCCACAGGCUGUCGGGGGAGCCUCCACCCGGAGUGGGGUCUCCUGCUGGAGAGGCUACCGCUGUACUGUGACGUGUUCUAGAAAUUACUUACCAGCGUGCCCUGGCGGCCCUUUGACCCGGAAGCCAUUCAGAAGCAGGGGCGCGUCCAUCUCAGGCCUCAGAGGCAGUUUUCUGCGUUCCCUGUCAGGUGCUCGGGCGUCACCGUGGUCCCAGUACGCUUCCUUCGCCCUCCCUUCUUCCAAGCACCUGUGUGGGAACCGGCCCCUCAGGCCAGGGUCUCAGGACCCCGAGCGACCUGUGCCAGAAUCGUGUUUACCUCCCGGGCGUGCUGCGCCCUGUCCACUGACUCCCCAGCGACAUCCCGGAGGAGGGGGUCAGCGGCUGAGCCAAGCUGCAAGCAUGAGGCGUGGUGGGCCCCUGCUCCUGCUCGCUGCACACCCAGCUCCCCCCUUCCCCCCCGAGAAACCCUGGUCACGCUUGAGUUCCGCGUUUCAGAUGAAACCGUUUCCUUAGGAGGCGCUGCUCUUUCUGAAGAGGUGGGUUCAAAGGCAUCUCUAAGAAAUGUCUGUAGCCCGAGGGUUGCCCUGACACUGUGCUCCAGCGACAAUAAAUUCUCCCCUGAAAAGGCACUUUCCCACGCGUUUUGUGUACAGCAUCUC